CCAAGACCAUCACAAAACUUACUCUUCCAAAUAAACCUUGUUUUUGGUUGGAGACAAAUGAGCAACACAACGAGUCAAGAACUGAUUCUCCACUGUGAUGAACAACAACAACAACAGAAUGAGAAUGAUGAUUACUAUGAUCUUGACGACCAUGACAUUGACGAAUCCUACUAUUUCUAUGUCAUCAAUGCAAUACUAAGUGGCACUGCAAGGCUCAAUGUUCUAUUGCCAACAGCCACAAUCCUUGCAUUCAGCAUCUUUGCACCUCUUCUCACAAACGAUGGAGAAUGCACCACUUUGAACCGUUGGUUGAUGGCAACUUUCUUAACCCUCUUGGCAGUGUCAUGUGUUUUCUUCACUUUGACUGAUAGCUUCAGAAGUGCCACAGGGAGGUUGUACUAUGGUGUGGCAACGUUCACAGGGAUAUGGACUUUCAAUGGAGGCAAGAAGAAGCCACGUGUGCCAUCAGAUUAUAGACUAAGAUGGUGUGAUGUUUUCUAUGCAUCAUUGUCUUUGGUCUCUUUUCUUGCUUUUGCAGGGUUGCAUCAAGAUGUUGUCAAGUGUUACUACCCAACAUUGCCUAGAAAGGUGACCAACACUCUUCCUCUUGUGGUUGGUUUCCUUGUGAGUGUUUUGUUUGUUGUAUUUCCUUCCAAGAGAAGAGGCAUUGGAUACCCCUUCUUGCUGCAGAGAGAUCCUUUCUACUCUAGAAGUUGAAAGUUGAAACACAUAAUUGUUGCAUAUAAAAGCUGACUGCAUGCAUGAGAUUUUUAGACAAUAUCUUAAGGAUCACUAAAUGAUUUAAAUUCUCGUGUUAACAAAUUAUGUCAUAAUGUUGUGUGAGAGGAAAAUACAAAAAUAUUUCACUAGUUUUUGACUAUAUUGGUUACACAUUCACAACUUGUAACUACAAUUAU